AAAAAAUAUAUUAUUUCUAUGUAAAUGAUUUUUCAUAAAAAUAUGUAAAACGAUUUCGUGAAAAACCAAAAAAUAUGUUUCAACGUUUAUAUUUGCUAAUACUUUGCUCUUUCAACGCACAAAUAAAUCAACGUUGCGUUCUUAACAGUCGGACGGAUUUUGGACAACCAUUACCAGUUAUCAUUAGAAACGGCGAACUUUUACUGCCAAAUGACAAUAAUGGGAAUGUGAAACUCAAUUAUGGUGAAGAGAUGACUUUGAGCUGUGAAGGAGCAGGCACUAUUACCCAUCCAAGCGUAACUCAGCAACUAACAACAGCUUCCGUUACCUGUGCAGGUGGCGACAAUUUCAGGAACGAUAACUGGCUCACAUUCCCAGCAAGGUUCGCUAUGUUCAGAUGCUCUGAUCCCCCAAACACAAAUCGCCCAAUACAUACGAGCCGACGAAAGAAUCGCACAUGCUUCGGUGGAAACGAAAUCGUACAAGUUGGCUACACAAUUCAAGGUCAAUUCUACCCUUCCUUCGAAUCAUGUUUCGAUCACGCUAAUUUGCAUCCUAUUUAUUCGAAAUACACUCAAAAGCCGUACAAUGCGUUGUAUCAAACGAGAGUUGAUCGGCCAUAUUUUAAAGAUGACGGCCAUUAUAGAAAUGUUCCUGUGGAUACUUUAUUUUCACCAAGAAAUCAAAGGGAUGCUGUAGCCAGAUUCGUUGGAUCUUUAGUCGAAACUUAUGUUACUGAGGCACAACACCUUUCAAGAGGUCAUUUGGCUGCCAAAACAGACUUCGUAUUCGCUUUUAGCGAACGAGCAACAUUUCACUAUGUAAAUUGCGCUCCGCAAUGGACGGGCUUCAACGGUGGUAACUGGAAUACUUUGGAAGUCGAUCUAAGGGAUCACAUUCACAGAGCUGGUUACGAUACAAUAAUCUACACAGGCACUGAAGGUGUAUCAACACUUGUAGAUAAAUCAGGUCGUAGAGUCGAAAUAUACCUUUACAAUGACGUCAAUAAUAACCCAGUGAUUCGAGUCCCUCAGUAUUUUUAUAAAGUUGUGUAUGAUCCGUCAACAAAGCGUGGCAUCGCUUUCGUUGGUAUCAACAAUCCAUAUUAUACUGCUAGUGAAGCUCGGGAACUCUUCUUUUGUGAAGACAUUUGUCGCCGAUCUGGCAACUUUAGCUGGUUGAGCUGGCAUCCCGACAAUCCAGCAGAGGGGUAUACAUUCUGCUGCACAGUACCUGACUUCAGAAAUACGAUUAUGCAUUUACCGGAGUUUGAAGUGACUGGUGUGUUAAUUUAGUUUUUUUGGUAAUGUUUCAUAUUCUGUUUUGUUGCGAAAUAUAUUUUUGAAUAUUGAAGAAUACGUAUCAGUUUUAAAGUUGAAUGCCCUCAAUCAUACCUAUUAUUAUGUUAUCACACCGGAUAUGGCCCUAUGACCCUUGCGUGAUACAUUUAAACGGCGAUGAACCAGACGCCAUCUACAAAAAUAACUGUAGGUACCUAUUUAUGCCAUACUUAAAUUAAUAUCGAAUUCAAUGCCAACUCCGGCAUGAUGUCCGGCAGUGCUUCAAUAGUUUAUUGAAGCACUGCCGGACAUCUUAGGCCUUUUACCGACCGCCUACGACUCGCUGGAUGUCGUCAGUCAUUUCCAGUACGGGGUCGCCAUUCCAGCACCUUGGGACCCCAAGGACACUGGCUCUUCCAUCUUAAGGCCCAUUGCCACUUCUGCCCAUUCUUCUCCACGUAAUCGGAAAAGACUGCGUUAGGCUGUCUGUCCACCGGAGCGGAGUUGCAGACUAUCUAUAUCUAUACUAAUAUAUAAAGCUGAAGAGUUUGCUUGUUUGUUUGAUUGAUUGAACGUGCUAAUCUCAGGAACUACUGAUCCGAUUUGAAAAAUUCUCAGUGUUAGAUAGCCCAUUUAUCGAGGAAGGCUAUAGGCGAUAUGAUAUCUCCGUUUUCCUACGGGAACGGGAACCACGCGGGUAAAACCGCGUGGCGUCAGCUAGUGUUAAAUAAAUAAAUGUUAAAUUUAAUUAAUUGAACCCCGCUCCGCUUACCGGUUUUAUAUGAAUUUUUAAACUAGCUCGCAACCCUGUCCACUUAAGAGGAGCGGCUUUUGUGCAAUCUUAUUGGUUAAUAUUUCUCCGAUUCUCGGCUCCGCUGCCUCGCUCCGCUUCGGUGGAGUGGCAGCCUUAAGACUGGGUACGACUAUAGGUAAUCCAGAAAGCGGAAUUCGAACCACAACUUCUCGGUUAUGAGUCGCUUUUUCUUUGAGCUAUUGAGGCUCUGAUUUAUGAUUGUUUAAUUAAUGGUCAUUAGACAAUAAUACUAAAUGUAUUAAGUGAAAUCUUUAAACUACCUCAUUAUCUCUAUCUACUUAGAAAUCACUACUAAAUACUAAUGGUCUCUAAGUAUCUAAUUACGAAUAAUUUCACAUGUCUCUAAGGACCUCAUAUCUAUAUAUUAAGUUUGCAAUGAUUAAAUUCAAUUCAUUUAGCUUGGAUCCUUUGUUCAAAGUUGUGUUGAAGAUAAUUUUCCAUCACAAUGAAGAUAGCAUUGAUAAUAUGCACAUUAAUAGCAAUUAUUGAUUUGGCCAAAACCAGAAGUGCCGACUCCACGACGGAAUCUAAAGAAAUUAAAAAAUUCCACAAAACACAUACUUCGUCUGGAGGUAGAAUAUCUAAUGAAAUGGAUGUAAA